AUGACAACGGCACCCAUUUUCCUCGGACCAUACACGGGCAUGUUCCACCAUGCCAUGCCCCAGUACAACCUGGAGGACUUUGGGAGGCUCGUCGAAUCGACUCAGGCCACUAUGUUCCAGGGUGUUCCAAGCGUAGUCCUGACUCUCGCCAAUUCUGAUAUCACGGAGCGUUUUGAUUUUUCCAAGGCACGGAUUAUCACUGUUGGGGGCACACCCCUGAAACCAGAGCAGCUGUCAAGGCUUUUGAGUCGGGCUCCAUGGAGGCUUGUGCAGGCAUAUGGCAUGACGGAGGCCGCGGGUUAUGUGGCUUAUCAAGAAUUUCAGGAAACUGUGCCGGAUGGCUGUACUGGGAAGCUGUUGCCCGGUAUCGAAGCUGCUUUGAAGAAGGAGGGGACCGCGGAAGAUGCACCGCCCGGCGGUCCAGGGGAGCUGUGGCUACGUGGGCCGAACGUUACGCCUGGAUACGCUUUCAACUCGGAUGCGAACCAAGCUGCAUUCCCUAUGAGAAGAUGGUACAAUACCGGAGACGUAUGUCGUAUAGACGAGCAUGGUCGAGUCUCGGUUGUCGGCCGAACAAAGGAGUUGAUCAAAUACAAAGGAUUCCAGGUCAGUCCCAGCGAGCUGGAGCAGAUCAUCAACUCCCAUCCUCACGUCAGAGAGGCGAGUGUUGGAGCUCUUUGGGAUGAGAGCCAAUUGACAGAGGUACCUACCGCAUGGGUUGUGUUGAAGGACAAUGGGGAGGCUAGUAGAGAAGUGGUCCUUGGCAAGCUAAGGGACAUUCAGAGGGUCGUGGACAUGCAGGUUAGCGGCUAUAAGAAGCUCAGAGGCGGUGUUUGGGCUAUCGACAAACUCCCGAGGAACGCGACUGGACAGAUGGUCUAUGUUCAUUGGAAGGGCUCAGGGGAGUGGUUGCGAAGCUCUGAGAUGCUUACUCUGAGAAAGUGA